CCCCCGGUUGCAUCAGCCGCCGCGGCCGCGAGGCGCCUGCGCGGGGCCGUUCCCGCCCCUUCCCCGCUGGGCCGGGCGGCUGCGUGCAGCUAUGGAGGGCGCUGACAGCCAGGUAAAUGCUGGGGAAGAAAAAAAGGCAGACUGCGGAAAGAAGAAAAUGAAGGAGGGGGCCGGCGAUGGCGGACGGACGGAGUUGAAUCCCUGGCCUGCAUUUAUCAGUGAGCGUUUAGAGAUGUACAAUAAACUUAAAGCUGAACAUGAUGCACUCCUUGCAGAAAGAGCUGCAAAUGACAGUAAACCCAUUAAAGUUACAUUGCCCGAUGGCAAGCAGGUUGAUGCUGAAUCUUGGAAGACUACUCCUUAUCAGAUCGCUUGUGGAAUUAGUCAGGGCUUAGCUGACAACACUGUUAUUGCUAAAGUGAACAAGAUGGUUUGGGAUCUAGACCGUCCUUUGGAGGAGGAUUGUACCCUGGAGCUGCUUAAGUUUGAAGAUGAAGAGGCUCAAGCAGUAUACUGGCACUCAAGUGCUCACAUAAUGGGUGAAGCUAUGGAGCGAAUCUAUGGUGGCUGCUUGUGCUAUGGCCCACCAAUAGAAAAUGGAUUUUAUUAUGACAUGUUCCUUGAGGAAGGGGGUGUAUCAAGUAAUGACUUCUCUGCUUUGGAAACGUUAUGCAAAAAGAUAAUGAAGGAGAAACAAGCCUUUGAAAGACUGGAAGUUAAGAAGGAAACACUACUUGAAAUGUUUAAGUAUAAUAAAUUCAAGUGUCGCAUCCUGAACGAGAAGGUCAAUACUCCAACUACAACAGUAUACAGGUGUGGUCCCUUGAUAGAUUUAUGCAGAGGGCCUCAUGUCAGACAUACUGGUAAGAUAAAGACCAUAAAAAUUCAUAAGAAUUCUUCUACCUAUUGGGAAGGCAAGGCUGAUAUGGAAUCCCUCCAGCGGAUCUAUGGAAUUUCAUUCCCGGAUGCAAAAAUGCUGAAGGAAUGGGAGAAAUUCCAGGAGGAGGCUAAAAGCAGAGAUCACAGGAAAAUUGGGCGGGACCAAGAACUGUUUUUCUUCCAUGAGCUCAGCCCUGGUAGCUGUUUUUUUUUGCCAAAGGGAGCUUACAUUUAUAAUACAUUAAUUGAAUUCAUCCGGAGUGAGUAUCGAAAACGUGGAUUCCAGGAGGUUGUCACCCCAAAUGUUUUCAACAGCAAACUAUGGAUGACUUCAGGGCACUGGCAGCAUUACAGUGACAACAUGUUUUCCUUUGAAGUCGAGAAAGAAGUCUUUGCUCUGAAGCCUAUGAACUGUCCAGGACACUGCCUUAUGUUUGAUCAUCGUCCAAGAUCAUGGCGUGAGCUGCCUUUACGGUUGGCUGAUUUUGGUGUUCUGCAUCGCAAUGAGCUGUCAGGAGCUCUUACGGGACUCACUCGAGUACGUCGGUUCCAGCAGGACGAUGCUCAUAUAUUCUGCGCUAUGGAGCAGAUUGAAGAGGAGAUAAAGAGUUGUCUGCAUUUCUUACGCACUGUGUAUGAUGUCUUUGGAUUUUCCUUUAAACUGUAUCUCUCCACUCGUCCUGAAAAGUACCUGGGAGAUAUAGAAGUGUGGAAUCAAGCUGAAAAGCAACUUGAAAACAGCCUCAACGACUUUGGUGAGAAGUGGGAGUUAAACCCUGGCGAUGGAGCUUUCUAUGGGCCUAAGAUUGACAUUCAGAUUAAAGAUGCCAUUGGCCGCUAUCACCAGUGUGCUACCAUCCAGCUCGACUUCCAGCUGCCAGUCAGAUUUAACCUCACCUUUGUCAGCCAUGAUGGUAAUGACAAGACAAGACCAGUUAUCAUUCACCGGGCUAUUUUGGGAUCUGUGGAGAGAAUGAUCGCCAUUCUAACCGAAAACUAUGGAGGCAAAUGGCCGCUCUGGCUGUCCCCACAGCAGGUGAUGGUGGUACCAGUGGGACCAGCAUGUGAUGAGUAUGCUCAAAAGGUCAGGCAGCACUUCCACGAUGCUGGAUUAAUGGCAGAUGUUGAUGUAGAUCCUGGGUGCACACUUAACAAGAAGAUCAGAAAUGCUCAGCUCGCACAGUAUAACUUUAUUCUGGUGGUUGGUGAAAAGGAGAAGGCAAGUGGAACAGUUAACAUCCGCACCCGAGAUAACAAGGUGCAUGGCGAGCGUACAAUUGCAGACACUGUGGAGAGACUGCUGCAACUGAAAUGCUCUCGCUCCAGACAAGCUGAAGAGGAAUUUUAAUGCCAUCUGCUCUACCUGGCAUAAAAAAUGAUUCUAGUUUUCCUAAUGCCGUUAAACACAGAGUUUUUGUGCCGAACCAGAUUUUAAAUAUAUUUCACAUUGCACAUCUUGCUCAUUUUAGCAGGGACUUUUCUUUUGUCAGAAAUAUCUCUUUUUGCAAAAAUCAAUUUUUCUCAAACCUUGAAGUAAAAUUUCCUGGCCUCUGACGAAUGGCAGAUGAAGGAAGAUGAAAUGACUUUCCAUGACCACAAGGGAAAAAUUGAAAUGUUAAUCAGGGAUGCCCACAGCAUUCUAACUACCCUGUUAAGAAUAAAAUACCUUUUGGUAACAAAUGUUUUUCAUGAAAGUUAAACAAAAUACCUCAGGCCUUUCAGUAAGGCUGUAUAUGUCACUGCAGAAGCAAGAAUGUACAAGGGUAAUGAUUAUUUUUCUGAAGACAAAUGCUACUUUUCAAUUUAAUAGGUAGAGUCUCCUUCAGUGGAACACUUCCUUCCCGAGCCUCAGUCCAGGGCAUCACAUACUCAGCGGCCCCUCCUACCUCACAGCUGGGGGAUCUCAUUUGUUGGCUUGGGGUUUGUUUUUGGGGGGGUUUUACACACCUGGCUGACAAGAGGCAAAUGUCUGUUACUGACAAAAAAUAAAAUAAUGGCCUGAG